AUGCAGUUCACUUCAGUCAUCCCCUUCCUCAUUUCAUUCGCUCUCUUCUUCCAGGGCAUUGAGGCUUUCGCGCGCUCCAAACUUGACCAAUACACCAGCGAAACAUGUGAUGGCAAGUUUGGCGACGGAGACAGAUACCGGACGCAGCGCGAUGUCAACAUCAAAAGUGGAAGAUGCAUUGAUAUCAACAGUAGCACGGAGAGUAUCUGGCUUGGCCGUGGAACUGGCUUGUCCUGGCGACGCAAGAUGACGGCCUACUCUGAGACUGGCUGCCCGUCGAACAAGCGGAUCGACUUCCUUGACGAAAAAUCAGGCUACUACACGACCAAGUCCGGAGUCCGUGUCCCGCAUGGCAACUGCAUCCCUGUCGACUAUAUGUUUGUCGGCUCGCAGGGCGUUGACCAGAAAUACCAGGGACGACUCAUGUCGGUCAAGUUUGAUCAUUUCUAG